GAAAUCGAACUAUGACGUCCGAGAGAGAUAUUUUAGUUUUUAUUUUCUUCAAUUCUGGCAUAUCAAAAUUUAAAUGAGAUGAUAGGAAUUUGGCAUUUUUACAGCAUUUUUGUUGUUACGUUGCUUAGAGUACUAUUUAAGACAUUAUAUAACUAAUUGGAGCAGGUUUUUUGAAAUCAUUAUUAUUUUUUGUUUGUUUUUCAAUUUUGCUAAUUCCGGGAAAAGGGUGCACAUUCAGUUUUUUUCAAAUAAGACACAAAGCUAAAACUCAUGAAGAAAACCGAAAAUGUGUUUGUUUCCUAUGUUUGAAUAAGGCAAAUCGAGAAAUCACAAGUUUUUUAGUGGAGAAAAUUUGCACAGUCCUCAAAAUUGAGCUUGAUUUUUCAAACUUUCAAAUCCCUUGUGGAAUUUGUGAAAGAUGUCGUGUGGCUAUUCGCAGGCGAGAAGAAGGGGAGGAUGCACCUAUCCCAAGGCUCUUUGAUUUCAGCACCAUCUCAGUUCAGCAUGCUGCAACAAAUAUUCCUUGUAAUUGUUUGAUUUGUCAAACUGCAAAGACAAAUAUGAAUCAGCGUCAUCCUUUGGAACCACCGAAACCCAAAAAAAAUUCAAGCAUUGAAAAAAAGGUGCACUGAUUGCUUUUCUGUGAUUGGUUGUGAAUUGCCUCACAAUUGCACAACAGGAACAUUAAGGUAAAAUUUAGUGGAAGUUGCUUCGAGGGAUUGCAUUGCGGCAGAGAGGGUAGCAUCAUUAAUAAUUGCUAAUAAAACUCCAUCACCUCAUGGCACUGUUCGGCUAAGUCAACCACUUGGAGGAAAUCGUUUUCCCGUUGUUCCAGGACCAUCAAGUGCAAGAGAAUUGUUUCCUGCUGUGCCCAAGCUCACGGCACAAGACAUGGUUGGAGUCCAAAUUGGAACUAGAUUGUCAAAUCGUGGCAUGUCCAAAUUGGCAUCAUCUUUGAACCAAGCUACACAUCUCCGAAUUGUAGAAAAAAAUUUCAGAGAAAAAUUCGACAGUUUCGGGAAAUCUCUUUCUGAGCAUUUUGAGACCGAGGCCAUACGAGAUUCUACAAAGAAUGAUGACCAGCACCCUUCACGACUGCUUGUUUUUUGCCCAAAUGUAGGAAGUCUUGCAAAUCACAUUAUCAAAGUAAGGAAUGUUUCAGGAGAUCCGCUGAUGAAGAUUGGCAUUGAUGGAGGUGGUGGGUUUUUGAAAGUAUCUCUUGGAAUCAUUGCCAGAAACACAGAUUCAAAUUCUCCACCACCAAAACGAGGGCCUAAAGCCACAGUAGUCAAAUGGCAACUUCUGGUGGCAAUUUCAGAAGAUCUGCCAGAGAGUUAUGACAACUUGAAAAGCAUAAUUUCUUCUCUUCAACUUCACAAACUUUCCUACAUAAUCUCUUGUGACAUGAAAGUCCCCAAUCUUGUUUGUGGUCUUCAGAUUCAUGCAAGUGCACAUCCUUGUUCAUAGUGUGAUGCAGAAUCAAAAGAUUUGAGUCGCUCUGGAAGUCUCAGAACACUUGGUUCAAUUCGAGAAAACUUUCUGCAGUUUCAAAACAGUGGUGCCAAUGCAAGGAGAGCAAAAGACUUCAAAAACGUCAUCCAUGAACCCAUAAUGACUCUGCCAGAUGACACACUGAUUUUGGACAUCAUUCCUCCCAUGGAACUUCAUCUGCUUCUUGGAGUCGUUAACCAUCUCUACAAAAGUUUAUGCCAGAUUUGGCCCGCAGCAAAGGAAUGGCUAGCAGCCCUUCAUAUUCAAGAGCAGUCUUUUCAUGGUGGCCAAUUUGCAGGGAAUGACUGCCGCAAGGUCUUGAAAAACACUGAUCGCCUUCAAAGUUUAGCUGAGCAAAGCUCAUUUUUUCUUGCUGUGCCAUUUGUUGAAACAUUGAGACAUUUUGACUCAGUGGUGAAUGCUUGCUUUGGAAAUCACUUGAGCCCCGAUUUUGAACAAAAAAUUUUACAGUUUCAGGAGUCGUACCUGAAGUUGCCAAAUACUCCCAAAGCACAUGCGGUGUUUUUCCACCUGAAGGAUUUCAUCCUUAGACACAAUUCUAGUCUUGGCAUUUUCUCAGAGCAAGCUACAGAAUCUCUUCAUCACGACUUCAGUUCCCAUUGGCAGCGUUACAAACGGGUAAGUAACCAUCCAGAAUAUGAAUCAAAGCUUCUGAAUUGUGUGAUUGAUUUCAACAGCAAACAUUCAUUUUAGAAUAAAAAGGAUCAAUUUUAUUGUAAAAUAUGUUUUUGUUUAUAUGUCUUAUAGAAUUAUAUGGGAAAAUUAACUUUUUGCUCUAUAAAUACUGAAAAAAUGCCAAAUUUCUAUCAUCUCGUUUAAAUUUUGAUAUGCCAGAAUUGAAGAAAAUAAAGACUAAAAUAUCUCUCUCGGACGUCAUAGUUCGAUUUCCAAAUUUAUAUCUAAGUGAUCUACUAUAUGUGGGCUAUCAUCCCACCAAAGGGUUUUCUCGGGACAUGAGGUUAAGGUUGAUGACCAUUUUGUGACACUGUGAGCACUAGAUGUUAAAAUGUGCAAUUAAUACUGUUAAUUAGUUUAACUAAUUAAUAUAUUUGUAUCAAGUAAUCAACAUUGCAGAUGACGUUUGUUUAUAUUUUAAUAUAUAAUUUACAUAGUUUGAUACACUAACUAUAUGAAUUC